GCACUCGGUUCUCUCCUUUUUCAUCAAACGUGCUUGUUAUGGAAUGAGUAGUUUGGUUUUCACUUAAAUUGUUUCGUCUUUAUGUGAAUAGUUCCAUCGCUGUUUGCCAGCUCCAAGAUGCCAAUUCCGGUGCAAGCUAAAAUUGUUAAAAAGGGUAGUGCAGGCCCUGAUCAGUUUGAGUUAUCCAUUGCUCAAGCUUUAUUGGAACUGGAAAACAACAGUGACCUUAAAGCACAACUCCGCGAAUUGUAUAUCACAAAAGCUAAAGAAAUUGAACUCUUAGGAAAAAAGAGUAUCAUUAUUUAUGUGCCAAUGCCACAAAGAGCACAAUUCCAAAAAAUUCAAGCACGUCUUGUUAGAGAAUUGGAAAAAAAAUUCAGUGGUAAGCAUGUUGUUUUCAUUGGCGACCGAAAAAUUUUGCCAAAACCAACCAGGAAAACUCGUACACAAAACAAACAAAAGCGUCCCAGAAGCCGUACAUUAACAUGGGUUUAUGAUGCUAUUUUGGAUGAUUUGGUAUUCCCUGCUGAGAUUGUUGGCAAGCGCAUUCGUGUAAAAUUGGAUGGUAAACAGAUCAUGAAAGUGCAUUUGGAUAAAACUCAGCAGACAAACAUUGAACAUAAGGUGGAUACUUUUGCUUCAGUGUACAGAAAGCUGACUGGUAGGGAAGUAACUUUCGAAUUUCCGGAACCAUAUUUAUAAAUCCUAAUUUUUAUUCAAUAAAAACAUGAUUUGAUGACUAUAA